CUGCUUUCCUAGCGGGGUGGUCGGUGGGGGAGGAGCAGGCUGAGGUUGAACGUGGAGUGAACGUUGCACUGUGCGGUGGAACUGGAGUUCGAAUCGAACCCGAGCGAAGAAGAGUACUCGCCGCAGGGUUCAUUGAAAAAUCGUUAGUGAUAUUGACAUGUUUCAAGUGAAAUAAAUUAGCCAAUGACUCGGAAUGAUGGAUUCCUCGAAGACUGGAAAUGGUUUGCCAGUGAUUGGACCAGGGACUGAUAUAGGGGUAUCUUCACUCCACAUGGUGGGGUAUUUGGGAAAAAAAUAUGAUUCUGCUAACAUCCCGUCAGAUGGGUAUUGUCCUGCUUGUAGAAAGAAGGGGAAGUUAAAAACUUUAAAGACUUACCGAAUUAGUUUUCAAGAAUCUAUCUAUUUGUGUGAAGAUCUGCAGUGCAUCUAUCCUUUGGGCUCUAGAUCACUUAACUUAAUUUCUUCUGAUUUGGAAGAUCAUCACACUCCAAAUAAGCCUCAAAAAAGAAAGCUUUUGGAAACCAACUCUAAAGAUUCACCUUCUUUAGCAAAUACCAAAAAAAUUAAAAGUCAUAUUGUUUCUGAUGGUGAACAAGUUUUGAACAGCAAACAUCAUGGAGAAGCAUAUGACGAAACCUCAUCAGACUUACCAGACUCACUGCACAGUGGUCAGCAGAGUCCAGUUAGGAUCACUGAUUUCUUGGGACAGGAGCAGAUUUUGGAAGCUGCUGUUGAUGUGGCUGCUGAAGAAGAUGGUGCUGCAGUCGAUGUUUUUGGAACUGGAGAGACUGCUCAUCAAAACGAAGGAGGAACGUCUGAACUGGAAAUGCCCCUGCAGAGCAGAUGUAUACCAUUUUGUCAGAUGUCAUGUGUUCAGUGGAAAAAUUCUUAUGCCCUCUGUUGGUUAGACUGUAUCCUCUCAGCAUUGGUGCACUUGGAAGUGGUAAAAAAGGUGGUGAUGACUGACGUGUGUCCUAAAGAGGAGUCUGUGUUCUGGCAGUUGUUCACAAAGUAUAAUCAAGCCAGUAAGCUUCUGCACACCAGUCACGGGGAUGCAGUUAAAGACGGAGAUUGUAAAAAACUUACUUCUGAAAUACUUGCAAAGAUAGAGACCUGUCUGAAUGAAGUCAGAAAUAGCAUUUUUAUCAGGCUUCAGCCUCAGCUUAGGUGUACGUUAGGUGACAUGGAAAGCCCGGUGUUUGCAUUUCCGCUGCUGCUAAAAAUAGAAGCCCGAAUUGAAAAGCUCUUCAUGUACUCUUUUUUUUGGAACUUUGAAUGUUCACAGUGUGGACACAAGUAUCAAAACAGAUGUAUGAAGAAUCUGGUCACCUUUACAAAUGUCAUUUCUGAGUGGCACCCGCUUAAUGCUGCCCAUUUUGGUCCUUGUAACAGUUGCAACAAUAAGUCACAAAUAAGAAAAAUGGUAUUGAAAAAAGUGUCUCCCAUAUUCAUGUUGCACUUUGUAGAAGGGUUACCACAUAGCAACUUGGAACACUACUCAUUUCAUUUUGAUGGUUGUCUUUACCAAAUAACUUCUGUAAUUCAGUACCACGCAAAUAAUCAUUUCAUAACAUGGAUUUUAGAUGCUGAUGGAAGUUGGCUGGAAUGCGAUGACCUAAAAGGUCCAUGUUCUGAAAGGCGUGAGAAAUUUGAAGUCCCUGCUUCAGAGAUACAUAUUGUCAUUUGGGAAAGAAAAAUAGCCCAAAAGACAGAUAAAGCAUCUGGCUGUCUUCCACUUCAAAAGACUAACGAUCAACAUGCUUGCAGUGAUGAGAAACAGGCACCUCCACUAUUGUGUUUUGUGGGUGAUGCGGCAACGACAUCAGUUGCUCCUAACACUCUUUCCCAAGUUGAAGGUGUAACUCAUGGACCUCAUUUACUUUCAGGCCUGAAAGGUUUGGCUGACAAUGAUAUUUUACCUUUGACACCUGAAAAAAUACAGGUUAACUCUGAAGGUUUCCUAUUAGAAAAUAUACCUGUGGCAGAAAAUGGAGUGAUCAUCAAAACAAAUUCUUUACAAUUGCAGGAGUCGCUAAUGGCUUCUUUUAUAUCAGUUGGAUGUAAGGAAAAGCCUUCUGAAGACCAUCUUGUGGACUUCAGCUUUCCAUCUCAGAUUGUAAAUACAAACAUGCAAUCAAUACAGCCAAAUUCAGAAAAUACUGUAAUUACUAAACCUGUGACUAAUAUUCAUGCUGUUGGUCCUCUACAGGAACUAAAGUCAGUAGAAAUUGAGGGUACAAUUGCCCUAGAGAAGGAUGUUCCAUUAAAACAGUUUCUUUCACCAAAAACUGAGAAAUUAAAACCAGAAAAACACAUUACACCUCAGGUAUCUAAUUUAAAGAGAAAAUUUUCUCAAACCAUAGUGGCUGAGUCAUCACAGGAUCAAUCUCUGAGAGAAAAUCUGAAGAAACCAUUUGUGGGAAGCUGGGUUAAAGGCUUAUUAAGCAAGGGUGCUUCUUUCAUGCCGCCUUGUGUUUCAGGUAUUAAUAGAAACACUAUAACUGAUUUGCAGCCUUCGGUUAAGGGGGCAAGUAAUUUUGGUGGCUUUAAAACUAAAGGUAUGAACCAGAAGGCUCACCGGGCAUCUAAGAAAGCUUUCAGGGGUGCAAGUAAAUCUACUCCAGCCAGUCACCCUCCACCAAGUCCACCAUCCUCAGGUAGCAUAGCUUCUCCACAUGCUAAUGCUAAUGCUGACCUGGAAGUUUUGAAGAAACAUGAAAAGACCUCACACAGAACUCAGCCUAGCUACAGAUCUUGUGGAAAUGAAAAUGGUGUUUCUUCAUCAAACCAUGAAGACUCUGUUGAGGGUCAGAUUCAUAAACUUCGUCUAAAACUUCUUAAAAAACUUAAGGCAAAAAAGAAGAAAUUAGCUGCUCUUAUGUCUUCCCCCCAAAAUGGAAAACUUCCAAGUGAAAGUUUAGAACAUGUGUCCCAUCGUGGGUCUCCAAAUGACGGUCAGUCAAUAGAAGACUUGUUAAAAGAACUACAAUACCAAAUUGAUAUUGCUGAUAAUAAAUCUGGAGGAACCACCAUGCCUAAUGUUUCUUCACACAGUGGUCAAACUCAUGAAGAAAUUUUAGCAGAAUUAUUGUCUCCUACAAAUGUUUCAACAGAGCUCUCAGAAAAUGGGGAGGCUGAUUUUAGGUAUUUAGAAAUGGGAGAUAACCAUAUCCCAGCACCAGUACCUAGUGAAUUAAAUGGUAUUCCCCAAAACACACACCUGAGACAAGACCAUAAUUAUUGCAGCCCCACGAAGAAAAAUCAGUGCCAAGUUCAGCCAGACUCAUUAACAAAUAAUGCCUGUAUUAGAAUAUUGAACUUGGAAAGUUCCCUAAAGACUGAUAUUUUUGAUGAGUUUUUUUCCACUUCAACAUUAAAUUCUUUAUCAAAUGACACAUUAGACUUACCAUAUUUUGAUGAAUAUCUGUUUGAGAGUUGUUGAAUGUUUAUUAACUCUUUUUAGUUUGAUAUUUAUUAUCGUCUUAGAAAAACUUAACUAUGUUUCUAGUUAGUGUUUGUACACUGGCCUUGUCAUGAACAAAAUGUAAGCUGCUAAAGGUUUUACCUCUGGUUCUGCCCCUAAAGCAUGUAAUUUGUUUUACAAAUUAAAAUGACCAGGAAUCUGUUAUCCUUGUUGGCUUCAUUUUGUAUUUUUAGGACAAUGAGGAUUUUAAAAAUGAAAAUGAAAAUGAAAAGUGGUAUCUUGUUUCUGACAGUUUAUAGUUUGGGUACAUUAAAUUUCACAUUUUAAAUUUUGGUU